AUGGCUACUCCCCCGCCCGAGGGCACCACCGCUGUUCUGAAAGCAGACAAGCCGUUGCUGCCACCCACAGUGACUGACUUGCCCGCCGAUUCUCCUAUUAAUAGAUCACCUGACUCUCUCACAAAUGGAAUCUCAAUUCCUGAGAAGACAGACCUCAUGUCAGCCCCUGCUCUGAAUGGACAUGCGACUACUCAGCUUCCCGUUACAAACGGAACAACUAGCCCACAGAUCAAGACUUCAACCCCGCCAGCUGAGUUAAACGGCUUGAAAGAGCCUGAAGAGGUGACACAGAAAAAAGAGGAAGCUGACGCGACGCCACUUCCCACUGUGAAAUCCGAAGAAUCGAAAUCAGCGCUGCCUGAAGAGAGCGCUGCACAGCCUUCAGCAAUGGAAGAACCCAAGGAUCUUCCUCUGCAAGGUACUAUCGAGCCUCAACAGUCCACUGGGACAUCCACCGUUGUCACGAAUCCUCCUGUUGAGUCUGCUCCUAUCAAGGAAUCAUCAGAACCCACCCUUCCACCAGCAGAUAUUGAGAUGAAUGACGCCCCACUGUCCCCCACUAAAGUCCCACGCGAGCGAGAGUUGGAUCUGGAAGAUGAGCCCGCCGCGAAGCGCGCCAGAGUGGAUGAGGACGUAUCCAUGGCAGAUGGCAGCUUUGACAAGCCGGUCAUUUCUGUCUCCACUGAAUCUGCGCCGUCUUCAUCCACUCAAGCUCCCACGGGCAUCACUCCUCUCCAACAUAAAUUCUUGGCUAAGCAAUUGACGAAUCUCAAACGGUCUAACGACGCACGAUUUUACCGCGAACCUGUUGAUCCCAUCAAACUUAAUAUCCCUAGCUACUUCACCAUUAUUACCGAACCAAUGGAUCUGUCGACUAUCGAGAGCAAGUUGAAGAAGAACCAAUACAACGCCGUUGCGGAAAUUGUCGCGGAUGUUGAUUUGAUGGCCGGAAAUGCAGCUAAAUUCAAUGGUCCAGACCAUAUCGUUGCGCAAGAAGGCCAGAAAUUGAGGGCUCUGUUUGCAAAGCAAUUGGAAAAACUCCCGAAGCCUGAUGAGGUAGAAGAGAAAAAGCCCAAGAAAGUCGCACCUCCAAAGGAGCCUGCUGCGCGUCGCGAAUCCCGAGUUGUCGCACAACCUGCUCCUCCCAAACAAACCAGCGCUUCUCCCACUUUUGCACUGAAUCCCGAGGGUCUCCCAACCAUUCGCCGUGAUUCCACCAACCCUGACGGACGUCCGAAGCGCGCCAUCCACGCACCGAAACGUGACUUGCUCUAUUCUGCGAAACCAAAGAAGAAGAAGUUUCAGUGGGAACUCAAAUUCUGUCAGGAGAUAUUGGAUGAACUGCAUAAGCCGAAAUACUGGGCUGUGGCCAGCCCCUUCUAUUUUCCUGUCGACCCUGUUGCCCUGAACAUUCCGACCUAUCACAGCGUCAUUAAGAAGCCAAUGGACUUGUCCACUGUUCAGACCAAGUUGAAAGCUGGACAGUACGAGAAUGCCAAGGAAUUCGAGGCGGAUAUUCGCUUGAUGCUCAAGAACUGCUUCAAGUUCAAUAUCCCUGGAGAUCCAACUUACGUAGCUGGACAGAAAUGUGAGGAAGUUUUCAACAACAAAUGGGCUGCAAAGGCUCGCUGGGUUGAACAGCAUGAUCCAGAUAGCCACAACCAAAGCGGAUCUUCUGAUGAGGAGAGUGAAGAUGAAGACAGCGAGGCUGAUGAGGAUCAGGAGAAGCUACAGGCUCUUCAGCGACAGAUUGCUGAGAUGUCGAAACAAGUUGAAGCAAUCACGCAGAAGAAAAAGAAGACACCUCCUGCAUCCAAGAAGUCUGGAAAAUCUAAAUCUGGCAAGAAGGAUUCCAAGAAGGGCACCAAGGGCGACAAGAAGUCCAAGAGCGGCAAAUCAGAGAAACGCCAUGUCACAUACGCGGAGAAGCAGAUGAUUUCCAACGGAAUCAGUACUCUGAAUGACAAGAAGAUGCAGGAGGCUCUGAGGAUCAUUCAGAACAAUGUCCCGUCCCUCAAGGGUCUUCAGGAGACCGAAAUCGAGCUUGACAUCGAUGAGCUUCCUAAUGACGUACUCGUCAUGUUACUCAAAUUUGUCAAGAAGAAUGCUCCACAGGUCAUCGAUGAUGAGGAUAUGCCAGUCUCGGCAACUGUUCAGGCUAAGCCUAAGAAGAACAAGCCAAUGAGUAAAUAUGAACAAGAAGCUCAAAUCAACAUGCUCGAGGGCAGUCUUUCCCGGUUCCAGGGGGGCACCGGAUCACCAUACCCUGUCAACUCCGUUGAAGAUGAUGACAGCUCUGAUGGUUUUGAUGACGACUCUGAGGAGAGUGAGGAGGAGUGA